UUUCCCUCACACUUUGUAGUAUUAUUACUUUCCAAACAAGUCUUAAAAGCUUCAAGCUAAGCUAAGCCAUGAAAGCCACACUUUCACUUUCUAUCUACAUCCUCCUCCUCGGCUUUGCAGCGGCGGCGCCCCUCGACUCCGCCGCCCCAACUCCGGCUCCCGGUGGCGGCGAGAACGACUCGGAGUUCAUCCGUACGAGCUGCCAAAGCACGCUAUACCCGGAAAUAUGCUACAACACGAUGGCGCCGUACGCGAGCCGCGUGAGCCAGGACCGCGGCCGGCUGGCGCGAGCCGCCAUCAGCUUGAGCCUGAGCGGAGCCAAGCACAUGGCGGCUCACUUCGACAACCUGUCGCGGCUCGGCGCCGACCCGGACGCCGCCGCCGCGCUCCAGGACUGCUCCUCGGCUUUCAGCGACAGCGUGGACCAAAUGCACGACUCGCUGGCGCAGCUGAAGCAGCUGGGCGGCUCGGGCGAGGCGCUGAGGUUCCAGAUGAGCAAUGUGCAGACGUGGAUGAGCGCGGCGGAGACGAACGAGGACACGUGUGCGGACGGAUUCGAGGGCGUGGUGGAUGGGCCCCUGAAAACGGACGUGUGUGAUCGCGUCACGAAGGUUAAGCAGGUGACGAGCAAUGCAUUGGCUUUGGUUAACUAUUUCGCGAGUAAUAUAACGGCGCCGUGAUGAAUGAGCGUUAGGUUAGUUACGGCGUCAUCGUGAAUUGUAAAAAGUGAAAGAAGUAUAAAUAUAAUGAGGGAAUAAUAUCAUAUGAAUAUGUGUCCCUCUUAGUCGUCUUAUGUAGUUUCUUUUGGUUUGUCGGCCAUUAUGCUAUUAUUCCUCAGCUCUUGGAAAAUGGCUACACGAGAGUUAUAUUGAGUGCACAUAUCUAAUAGUUAGUAUAAAUGUAAGGAGUAUAUUUUUAUAAGUAUAUUUGUUGUUGUUGUUGUGUGUGUUUUUUUUAAUAUUAUACAUGUACAAUUUUUUUUA